AUGAAGCGGCGGCUGCUGCAGCUCGGGCGGGGAGCGGCGGCGUGGCGGCUGUUGCUGCUGCUGUGGGGGCUUCUGGCGGUGACGGCCACCGCCGCUGGGGGAGGCCGGUCGCUCCCCCAGUUCAGCGACGACGUCCUUUUCCGAGUGAACUGGCCCGGCAGCGAAUUCAGCCUGCCGGCUGCGGGGGUUCUGUACAAAGAAGAUCAUUACGUCAUUAUGACAACUGCAGAUAAAGAAAAAUACAAGUGUGUUCUUCCAGCAGUAGCCAGUGGAGAUGAGGAGGAAGAAAAGGAUUACAAAGGGCCAAGCACUGCGGAAUUGUUGGAGCCUCUUUUUAAACAAAGCAGCUGUUCUUACCGAAUUGAAUCCUAUUGGACUUACGAAAUCUGCCAUGGUAAACACAUUCGUCAGUAUCAUGAAGAGAAAGAAACUGGAAAGAAAACAAAUAUUCAAGAAUACUAUCUUGGGAACAUGCUGCGGAAGAGCCCACUGUUAGAUCCAGAACAAGAAGAUAACGACAAUGAUAAAGACAGUGCAAAAGAGGCAAGUAGGAUCUAGAUUCCUACAAAAAAUAUAGAAGGACAGAUGACUCCAUAUUAUCCUGUUGAAAUGGGCAACGGCACACCAUGUAGCUUGAGACAAAACCGGCCCAGAUCAAGCACGGUUAUGUACGUGUGCCAUCCUGAAUCAAAGCACGAGAUCCUAUCAGUAGCAGAGAUUACGACAUGUGAAUAUGAAGCGGUCAUUUUAACCCCCCUGUUAUGCAGCCAUCCUAAAUAUAGGUUCAGAUCUUCCCCUGUGAAUGACAUAUUUUGUCAAUCACUGCCAGGAUCCCCGCUGAAGCCUCAUAACUUGGAGCAGCUAGAGAAGCAGCAAGAAAUGCUGAAGAUGCCUUUGAGAAGGGCCAAGGAGGAAGAAACUAGUUCAGCAAAGGAAGAGAAAUAUUCAUCUGUCCACAAACCGGUUGCUGUUGGAAGCAACCAGCUGUUGACAGUUGGCACAACACACAUCUCCAAACUGACAGAUGAGCAACUCAUACAAGAAUUCCUUAGCGGGUCUUACUGCUUCCACGGGGGAGUUGGUUGGUGGAAGUAUGAAUUCUGCUAUGGCAAAUACGUGCAUCAAUAUCAUGAGGAUAAGGAAAAGGGCAAAACAACAGUAGUUGUGGGGACCUGGAAUAAAGCAGAACAUACUCAUUGGGCACAGAACAAUGACGCCAGAGCAUAUCAGCUCAGAGAUGAUGGCCAGAAAGCUGUGAAAACAGUGUCUCAUUACUAUGGAAACGGAGAUCCGUGUGAUUUAACUGGCAAGCCCCGACAGGUGACAGUGAAGUUGAAGUGUAAAGAAUCAGAGUCUCCUCAUGCAGUAACCGUGUAUAUGCUGGAGCCACAGAUCUGUCUAUACAUCCUUGGGGUGGAGUCACCGGUUAUCUGUAAAAUUUUGGAUACGGCAGAUGAAUAUGGACUGCUUUCAGUGCCCAGUUAA